AUGACCAUAUUUGGAAUGAUCAUCACCAUUGGCCAGGCUAUCAUGUCUGUGAUGACGGGCAUGUAUGGAGACCCCUCAGAGAUGGGUGCUGGCAUCUGUUUGCUCACCAUUUUUCUGUUGUUUGUGGCUGGUCUGAUCGUGCUGCUGCUGGAUGAGCUGCUCCAGAAGGGCUAUGGUCUGGGCUCCGGCAUCUCCCGCUUCAUCGCCACCAACAUCUGUGAGACCAUCGUAUGGAAAGCCUUCAGCCCAACUACAAACAUGGGCAGAGGUACUGUGUUUGAGGGAGCCAGGUUCCACUUGCUUGCCACACGUACUAAUAAAGUGCGUGCUCUAGAGGUUUUCUACAGGCAGAACCUGCCCAACCUCAUGAACAGUAUUGUAACGAUUACUUGCUUCAGAGUUGAUUUGCCCAUCAAGUCGGCAAGUUACCGUGGCCAGUACAACACUUAUCCCAUCAAGCUGUUCUACACCUCCAACAUUCCCAUCAUCCUUCAGUCUGCACUGGUGUCCAACCUCUACGUCAUCUGUCAGAUGCUCCCCACCCGCUUCAGUGGCAACUUCAUGAUCAACCUACUUGGAACCUGGACUGACAGCACAACUAGAGGGCCAGCACAUGCUUACCCUGUUGGAGGCCUGUGCUACUACUUUUCCCCUCCUGAGUCUUUUGGUUAUGUCCUGGAAGACCCUGUCCAUGCUGUCAUCUACAUCAUCUUCAUGCUGGGAUCCUGUGCCUUUUUCUCAAAAACCUGGAUCGAGGUUUUGGUAUCAAAGAUUAAAGGUCACUGGGUUUCUGAAUUACAGGUCGCUAAACAACUGAAAGAGCAGCAGAUGGUAAUGAGGGGGCACAGAGACACUUCCAUGGUACAUGAACUCAACAGAUAUAUCCCUACAGAGUUCAGAGGACUAUGCAUAGGCGGCCUUGCCGUCAUUGCCCAUUUCCUUGGAGCCAUCAGCUCAGGAACAGGAAUAUUGCUGCCUGUCACCAUCAUCUAUCAGUACUUUGAGAUCUUCGUUAAGGAACAGAGUGAAGUAGGCAGUAUGGGUGCUCUGUUCUUCUAA